CAAUCUAGCUUCAUAAGAAACUUUAUUGACUUGAAAAUAUUAUUUUCAAAGUUUUACUUUCUUAUUACGAUGGCCAAAUUUCUGGUUUUCUUACUUUUGAUCGCAACUGCAGUCGCUGUAUUUUCUGCACCUGUUGAAGAAGAACAGAUUCAGCAACAACUAGAAGAGCACUUCCGUUUGCCACGGGCUACCUGUGAUCUUCUCUCAGGAUUUGGAGUAGGUGACUCUGCUUGUGCGGUCCAUUGCCUAGCCAAGAAAUUCAAAGGCGGCUGGUGUGACAAAGGAGUCUGUCAUUGCCGUCAUUAA